AAACUAAAAACUUUAAAUACGGCUCGUGAACUUGGAAUCAAAAUCAUUGCCUACUCGCCUCUUGGGCGUAGUUCGAUCACGGGUAAGUAUCGCAGACCAAAAUAUCCAGAUGACUUCGAAACUAAUGAUUUCAGGAGGAUGAUUCCCAGAUACUCAAAGGAAAACUUCCCGAACAUCUUGAAACUGGCAGAUGACCUCAAGAGAGUAGGCGAGCAAUAUAAUUCUACCGCUGGACAGGUCGCGUUGGUGUGGUUUCUUGUCCAAGGUGAAGAUGUCAUCCCCAUUCCGGGUACAAAGAAGGUCAAGUAUCUCGAGGAGAACCUCAGUGCUAUCAACGUGUCGUUGAGUCCUGAAUCAGUCCAGGAAGUACGUGUUAUCGCGGAGAAGGCUGUUUGGGUGGUUGGGGAUCGCUAUCCUCCAGCGGCCAUGAAGGCGCUGUAUGCAGAGACCCCA